AUGGCUGACAAAACCCCAUUAGUUGUUAACAAUGAGGAUGAUGAAAAAUUUUUCAAGAUUGGAAUGACAUUUAGUUGUGAGGAUGAAGCUUAUAAAACAUAUAAUAUGUACGCAAUUCAGAAAGGGUUUGGUGUUCGAAGGGGGCAAAAGUCAUAUAAUCGGAAGAAUGAAUUACGUCGGUGUAUUUUUCUUUGUUCUUGUGAGGGGUUUUCACCAUAUGUCCCACCACAUGAGCAAAGAAAAAUUGAGAGAAUAGAUACUAGGUGUGGUUGUAAAGCUCGUGUUAGGUUUGGCAUUGAAGGUGAUGUUUGGACAGUGAUUGAUCUAAUAGCUGAGCACAACCAUGAGUUAAUUAAGGAAGAUCAAAGGCAUUUGAUUAAGUCUGGGAAAAAAAUGACUGAAACUAGUUCAAGUGUUCUACAAUCAAUGACAAAUGCUGGAAUUAGAGCAACUAAGGCGUAUUCUUACAUAACAAAUGAAGCUGUGGGUGCAAAGAAUGUUGGGUUCACAUUGAGGGAUUGUCAGAAUUUUUUACAAUCUCAAAGAAUGAAGAUGAUAGCUGCCGGGGAUGCUCAAAAUGAGACCACGUCUUCAUUUAUUUGGUUGUUCGAAUCUUUUUUGGAAUCUAUGGGAAACAAGGCUCCUAAGACUAUAUUCACUGAUCAAGAUCAAGCUAUGUCAAAUGCUAUUGAAAAAGUGUUUCCCAAUACUCGUCAUCGUUUGUGUGAGUGGCAUAUUGCAAAGAAUGCUACUACAAAUAUCCUCAGCUAUAUGCACAGCCUGAAUUUAAGAACAAGUUUUUCACUAAGUUAUUACAUGGUUGUGAAAAUGAAGAAGAGUUUCAAAGUACUUGGGAUAAAAUGGUUCAAUGUUGGGAUGUAG